UGGGACUAUCACAUAUUGUCCUAGUACUAAAGCAGACCAGGUAUGUGCUCAGGAAGAGGGUCCAGAAUAGUGUUCAUGACUCUGCUCUGUCUAUUGCUCCUGCUACCUGGAUUCAUCUCUAUAAUGAGAAAUCCAUCGGACGAGGUACCAUGAGCACCUGUAUGAGCUUGAAUGAAAUACAGUAUAGUGUGCAUCUCGGACACAAAACACACAUUUCAUGAAUGUAUAUAUUGUGCAGUGAGUGGUCGAUCUCGUCGGUCAACUCUGAUGCCUGAUGUAUCACACUUGGAACUACUGGUAGUGGUCGGACCUGAUGUCCACCAAAUCCACAAGAAGGAUACAGAACGUUACAUACUCACCAACCUCAACAUUGCCUCAGAACUGUUACGAGAUAGGACUUUGGGAGCCAACAUGAGGGUUCACCUGGUUCGCAUGAUUAUCCAGUCAGAACCAGAGCCAGAGAUACAAAUGUCAACAAAUAUCACCUCUUCUCUUCGAAGUGUAUGCGACUGGGGUGCACGCUUAAAUCCAUCUAAUGAUACAGACCCCCUGCACGCGGAUCUGUUUUUGUACAUUACAAGAUAUGACCUGUUGCUGCCUGAUGGUAAUAAUCAAGUGCGGGGAGUUACGCAGCUGGGAGGUGCUUGUACCAGUCAAUGGAGCUGUGUGAUCACAGAGGACACUGGGUUUGACCUAGGGAUCACUAUUGCCCACGAGAUUGCACACAGGUAUUGCCGAAUCCAGUACACAAAUCUAUUGGCGCAAGGAGAAAAAAAACCAAAUCAUCGUUUUGGAAUCAACCAUGAUGGAGUGGGGAACAUGUGCAGCAGGAGUGGCUUCAUAAUGGCCUCUGAUGGAGGCUAUAACAGUGUGGAUCUUACCUGGUCGUCUUGCAGCAGACAUCAGCUGCUUGCCUUUUUCAAUGAAGGGAAUGCUGAGUGUGUAAGGGAUCCACCUGCCCAAGAAAGUUCCCUACAAGACUGGAAACCUGGACUUUAUUAUGGAAUCGAUGACCAGUGUCGAAUAGCUUUUGGAAAUACUGCAAGAAGCUGUACAUUCACAAAUCCAGAUCUGCCAAUGUGUAGGGUUCUGUCUUGUCACACUGACCCAAAUGAUGACAGCUCCUGCAAGCGUCUUCUAGUGCCACUGCUCGAUGGGACCCAAUGUGGACCUAAUCUAUGGUGUCUGAAGGGGCGUUGUGUCUCCCCGGACCAGCUCAGCACCUCUGCAGUUGUGCAUGGAUCUUGGUCUAGCUGGUCUGGUUUCUCCCCCUGCUCACGAACAUGUGGCGGGGGAGUCAUUAACCGCAUACGGGAGUGCAACAACCCAAGACCUACUUUUGGGGGGAAUUAUUGUGUCGGAUUGGAUAUUGAGGCUGAACUUUGUAACCAGAAGCCAUGUGAGCGCACCCAGCUAGAGUUCAUGGCCGAGCAGUGUUCCAGCACAAAUCUCCAACCACUUUACCUUCGUUCGGACCAGGCCUCUUUCUACACAUGGAUCCCUGCAGUAGGGUUCUCCCAAGGUGAUGAGCAAUGCAGAUACAUGUGUCAGUCCAAGGGCGAGGCCUUCAUUGUGAGCCGUGGAUCUCAUUUUGCUGAUGGUACACGGUGUGAGGCUGAAGGACAACCUAGCUUUAGUUCAACAGGAGUUUGUCUGCGAGGGAAAUGUCUGCUCUUUGGCUGCGAUGGUGUGUUGCAUUCUGGGAAACUGAGAGAUGUGUGUGGUUUGUGCGGAGGGAAUGGAUCUUCCUGCACACGGACCUCCAAUUCAUAUACUGGAGGUCAGGCAAGAGAGUACACUACUUUCUUGUCCUUGCCAUUAAAUGCCACACAGGUUCAUAUCAUCAACAGGGCACCUCUAUUCACCCAUAUGGCUGUGAUGUAUGGAGACAAAUAUGUCGUUUCUGGGACUGGCAGAAUGGCAUUAAAUAUGACCUAUCCCUCCCCAUUGGAUGAUAACUUCCUAGAGUACAGUCUCCAUUUGACUCCUGACCUCUUGCCUGAAAUGGAAGAGAUAGUACUGGCUGGACCAGUACAACAGCAGAUAAACAUUCAGGUUUAUCGCAACUAUGGAAAGGAGUAUGGAGUAAAAACUAACCCCAAUAUAAGUUAUCAGUUUUAUGUUCCUAAUGAUCACAGCAACUUGAAAGAAGUUAAAUUUGACGGCAUAUGGAGCAUUGUCACAACACCCUGCUCUGCGUCCUGUGGUUUAGGUGUUCAGAAAAAUCACUAUGUAUGUGUGGAGAAAGAAACUAAUAAACAUCUGGAAGAACACCAUUGUCCACCAUCUCUACCUUUACCAUUGCAUACAUCUUGUCAGCUCCCAGCCUGCCCACCAAGAUGGAGUGCAGGAACAUUUGGACCCUGCAGCACUUCCUGUGGUAAAGGAAAGAAAAUACGUUCUGUAACAUGCGUUCAAAAACAUGGCACUGAUGUUGUAAGGGUUCGGGAUUCAGACUGCCCAGCUGAUUUAGCGCCGAAUGCUGUUGAAAAAUGUCAUCUUCAACUAUGUCCUGCCAGAUGGCAUGUCUCAGAGGCAGGAAAUUGUUCUGCAGUGUGUGGUCCAGGAGAAAUAAUAAGAAAUGUGUCAUGUGUACGACAAGAGGACAAUCAAGAAGUUGAAGUUAAUGAAACCUUCUGCUCAAAUCAAAGAAGACCUCCUGAAUCUUUGCCAUGUGUAGUGGAUGUCUGUCCAACUGGGUGGGACAAAACAAAGGAGCAGGGUGAAACUGUUUUAAAGUCUGGCUUUAUGCCACGUUCUAGGCAAGCUCCUGUGUUUGUGUGGAGCCCAGUUAUUGGGCAGUGCUCAAAGACUUGUGGUAAUGGAACCAUACAGGUAUGGUUCUCCUGUGUGAACUACCAGACCAAAUGGAGGGUACCUGAGUUCCACUGUGACCCUUCAAAAAAACCUCCUCCUAAAUCUGAGAACUGCAAUACAUUCCCUUGCCCUCCAAUGUGGCGAUCAAAGCUAGGCAUCUGCAGUACAACAUGUGGCGGAGGGGUUGCCAACACAGUGCUGUACUGUGCUCAGGAGGCAGAUGGGGAAGAGAUGGUUCUGGAGGAUUCUGAGUGCAGUCACUUUCCAAAACCCGCAGCAGUGGUGCCAUGUAACACGCACGACUGCCCAGCGAGAUGGAAGAUUCAGAGCAUGUCACAUUGCUCUGCUUCUUGUAAUCUGGGUGUAGCUCACAGGAUUGUGUCCUGUGUUCAGUUUGUUCAAGGCAAGGAAAGUGUGGUGCUUGAGGAGAGCUGUCAGACCUCAGUCAGACCAGCUACUACGGUGCCUUGCCUGGUGCAGGUGUGCACCUUUAGGUGGGAGGCAAAAGCAUGGAGCCAGUGUUCAGUGUCCUGUGGUUAUGGCAUUCAGUCCAGAACAGUAUCAUGCAUGGGGCCCUCUAAACCCGAGCCCCUCAGUCCUUUACUAUGCAUGCACAUGCCUAAGCCUAUCACCAUUCAGGGCUGCAGCAUGGACAGCUGCACAAAUGUGCCAUCUACCUCAGUUAUCAUUACAGCUAUGUAUCCUGCAUUUGAGGCAGAUUCUCACCUGUCUCACACUCCAAAUACAAUGACAAAACGAUACCGCAUGCAAAAUCUACCUCCAAGUUCAUCCGGUUCAGUCACAAUUCCGCAGGCCACUACAACAGCCAGUCCUUCACCUAAACCAGAUGUGUGUGGACAGCUACUCCUGCAAGAAUCAGGCACAAUUGACUUGCGCAACAUCAUUGGUCCGUGCACGGUGGCGAUUGGUCGACCUCUGGAUGAGGUACUUCAUGUCAAAAUAGUGUCAAGCGCCUUAAACUGCAGAAUAGGCGAAUAUGCUGUAUUCUUUGACCGACUGGCACUUGUGCGCAAGUGCGAACAGGCGGCAAGUAGCACGCUGACCACAAGAACCAACGUCCUUCUUGUGCGACAGAAUCUUCUCACUUCUGGGAAUGGCAUUGUGUUCACCUUCAGCUCACAGAGAAAUGUGAAAAAGAGCCAACAUCAAAAUUGCGACAAGCAGCUGUUUACCUCCAGCGGGGAAUUUGAGAAUCCAACAACAUCUGACACGAACCACACUUGUCGUGUACUGAUCAAUGCCCCUCCCUCAGUGAAGAUCAGAAUCCAAGCACUGCACAUAGGAUUGGUCUUCAACACCACAAACUCACAGUCUUCAUACAUUAUGAUCCGAGACAUGGAUAUGCUGAAGACCAAUGUGUUUAAAGGCCCGCAGCUGUUUGUGUGGCACUCCUCAGGAAAUAUGGCUGAGGUUGAAUUCAAUGGCGAUUACCAGCACACAGUGGGAAGCUUCAGAGCAAAAUAUUCUUUUCUAAAACGUUAGGAUAAAAAAAAAAAAAAUCUGAUAGAGCCAACUUUUGUUGUGAAAUGAAUGGAAGCAAGAAGUCAGAAUGUUAAAUUAAAUGUUACAUUUGAAAGUAUAUGUGCAAAUGAGUUCAUAGUGCUUUUAUAUAGAGAUAUUCAA